UAGGAGUUCGCCCGUGCGUGCGCGGUGACGUCAGGGGGACAAUGGCGGCGAUGGCGGCGCUGCGCCACGGGCUGGCGGCGCGAGCGGUGGCCCCAGCGACAGGAAUCCGAAUGCUGGCUCAGGCGAGCCGGCCGCCCCAGGACGCCGACACCAAGGACAACGAGAUCGUGGGCCCUCGCUUCCUGAACCGGAACCCUCGCAACCUCGAACGCCUCGCCUUGGCACGGAAGGACAAGGGCUGGCAGACCACCUGGCCCAGGAGGGACUUCUGGCAUCGGCUGUGGUUCCACAAAAGCCAGCACCACAUCUCGGCCGGGGUGGACACGCCCGACGGGCGGACCGUGCUCUCGGCCUCCAGCGGGGAGUGGGCCCUGAAGCGACACCUGGCCUCCCCCCGGGACGGGGCGGCCGCCCAGAAUGUGGGCCGGGUGCUGGGCCAGCGGUGCCUCCGGGCCGGCCUCGGCUACCUGUCCUUCUGGGCCCUCCCAGGGCAGAUGCGCAACGAGACGAUGCAGCUGUUCCGCGCGGCAAUGAAGGAAGCUGGCGUCGUCCUGAGCGAACCCCGGCGCGUGCGGGGGAAGCACUGAGGGGCGACUGGCCGACGGACCGGGGGGAGAUUCCCUCAGCGAGACCCCCACCCCCGGCAGAGGCGAGCCUCUCCCCUCCGUCUCCGGCCCCUUUGUCGGUUGAGGGCGACCGGCCGCCAGACCGGGGGGAGAUUCCCUCAGCGAGACCCCCACCCCCGGCAGAGGCGAGCCUCUCCCCUCCGUCUCCGGCCCCUUUGUCGGUUGAGGGCGACCGGCCGCCAGACCGGGGGGAGAUUCCCUCAGCGAGACCCCCACCCCCGGCAGAGGCGAGCCUCUCCCCUCCGUCUCCGGCCCCUUUGUCGCCUGAGGGGUGGGCGGACGACGUUUGGGGGGGGGGUCGGGAAAAGCCGUGCAUGCGCAGCAAGAUCCCAGCACCCCCCCCCCCCACCUGCAGCCAUGUGAAAUAAAUCUGU